AUGGAAGAGCAUCGCGCGGCCGUCAAAGCCACUGCCGCCCAAGUCCAAGGCUUCCACCGCCGCAAGGAACCCUUCCGAAUCUAUCACGGCUCGACCAACAGCACGCGGAUCGUGCAGUUCGAGCGCGACAAGAUGCUGGACAUGAGCCACUUCACGCACGUGCUGCACGUCGACACGGAGCGACAGACGGCGCUGGUAGAGCCGAACGUAGCCAUGGACGCGCUCGUAGCAGCCACACUCCCGCACGGCCUCGUGCCCCCCGUCGUCAUGGAGUUCCCGGGCAUCACGGUGGGCGGGGGCUUCGCGGGCGUGGCGGGCGAGAGCUCCUCGUGGCGGCACGGCUUCUUCGACCGCACCGUCAACUGGUGCGACGUGGUGCUGGCGACGGGCGAGACGGCGCGCGCGUCGCCGACCGAGAACGCGGAUCUCUUCUACGGCGCCCCCGGCACCUACGGCACCCUAUGCGUGACGACGCUGUUUGAGCUGCGCCUCGUGCCUGCACGCAGGUUCGUCGAGCUCGAGUACCGCGUCGUGGACAGUGUGGGCGGCGCCGUCGCGGCGAUUGAGGCCGCCAUCGCCGCCGGCGACCACAACUACAUCGAUGGGAUCCUGUUCUCGGCGACGCGGGGCGCGAUUAUGCUCGGACGAUUAGUCGACACCCCUUCCUCCCCAGGCACCAAGACACUGCGCUUCACGCGGCCAUGGGACAACUGGUUCUACCUGCACGCAUCGAGCGUGACCAAGCGCGCCGGCAAGCAGCAACAACAACAACAAGAAGCCACCAAAAGCGACGCGCAACCGCAGCUCCCCUCGCACACAGAGCUCAUUCCCCUGCAAGACUACCUCUUCCGGUACGACCGCGGCGCCUUCUGGACGGGCCGGUACGCCUUCCACCGCUUCCACACGCCCUUCGACCGCGUGUCGCGCGCGCUGCUCGACCCGCUCAUGCACACGCGCCGCAUGUACGCCGCGCUCAACGCCAGCGGCUUCGCCCAGCAGUACGUGAUCCAGGACCUGGCGCUGCCGAUGCGCAGCGCCGAGGCGUUCGUGCGCUGGGUCGAGGAGCACAUGGGCGUGUGGCCGCUGUGGCUGUGCCCGCUGCGGAUCGAGGACGAGGCGGCCGUGCCGUUGAGGGCGAGGGUGGGCGUGGGCGCUGCAAAAAACACUUCCACCUCCACCUCCACCGACGCAUCCGCAUCCGCCUCCUCAUCCCCAUCCCCAUAUCCCCCGUCCUCCCCCACACCCACACCACCCUACACACUCCUCAACAUCGGCCUCUGGGGCCCGGGCCCCCCCACCCACGCCCCCUUCAUCGCGCUCAACCGCCAGCUCGAAACGUGCGUCCACGCCCUCGGCGGCUUCAAGUGGCUGUACGCCAACGCGUACUACACGGAGGCCGAGUUCUGGGCCGUCUACGACCGCGCGUGGUACGAGGGCUUGCGGCGCAAGUACGGCGCCGAGGGCUUGCCGGGCGUGUAUGAGAAGGUGAGGGCAAGGGAGGGGCGUGUGAGGGUUUCGGGAAUGAGGGGCGUGUGGGAGGCGGUUGCUGGGGGGCGGGGGGCGCAUUUGCUUGAGAAGGGGAGAGGGAAGGGGAGGGGGAAGGGGAAGGGGGGGAAGUAG